ACCGCCAAUAAACUCGACAGAAGAAGAAGAAGAAAAAGCGCAAUCAUUUUGCAGAAAUGAAUGAGUGAAUAAUGCCUUUUUCGCUGAUGUUGUCUCGGUAAUGUCGUAAUGUGUUAGUAUAUUUUAAAGUAGUAAAAAUCUUCUCGGACUGAGCGAUGGAGAGUGACAUUUUGGACUUGUUAGAGCAGCUCGGUUAUGUCGGCCCCCUGUUGGUGGAGAAGGAGCUGCUGAGAGCUGCAGACGGAGGACUGUCCUCAGCCGUCUAUGUAGAUCUGUGCAGGUGGUUGGCAGAGAGGUUAAAGCCGCUGUGUGACCUCGAGGAGAGCAUAUCAUCUGGCCCAGAUGAUAUGGACGGCCUUCAAGUUGAGGUGAGCGGUCUGCUGAAAGAGUUGCACUGUCCUUAUGAAGAUGUCGUUUCUGGGGUUCUCAAAGGCGGCAUGAGGAAUGCGAAAGAUCAUCUAAAGUGUGUUUUGUUUCUGUGUUCUGAGCUUCAGGCAGCUCAGAUUGUGAGGAGCAGAAAGAUCUCCGAUAAAGAACAGGAGCAGAGUCCAGCGUAUCAGGAGCUCCUGAUAACGUGUGAAACGCUGAAUCUCCCGGAGCCCAGGGGACAAGACAUGGCAGGACUCUUCUCCCAAAUACAAGACAAGCUUGAUGAAGUAUUGAAAGGUCUCCCAAAAAGCUUCAUUGGAAGUCCGGUGCUGAAUAAACCUCUCAGCAGUGAGCAGUGGGAGAAGCUGCACAGCAUAAACAAAGUCUUGUGUUCAGAGUAUGAGUGUCGGCGCAGGAUGCUGAUCAAACGGCUGGACGUCACUGUUCAGUCCUUUGGGUGGUCGGACAGAGCCAAGGUAAAGGUGGACAGCAUGGCGAGGGCUUACCAGCCCAAGAGACACACUCUGACGCCGCACUCCACAGUGGACAUGGCAGAGCUGCUGGCCGCCAGAGAGGACAUCUGCAACGUUGUGAAGACGAGCAGUGGCUCCAGCAGGGAGAAGACGGCUUGUGCAGUCAACAAGAUCCUAAUGGGGAGAGUGCCAGACAGGGGAGGACGUCCAUCAGAGAUUGAAGCCCCGCCUCCUGAGAUGCCACCCUGGCAGAAAAGACAAGAUGGUGGUGGUGGUUGGGGUGGUCGUGGGGGAGGACGAGGUGGUGGAGGCAGCGGCAGGGGGGGAGGAGGUGGUGGAGGGGGAAGAGGUGGUAGCUGGGGUGGAGGUGGAUGGAGAGGAGGAGGAGGAGGAGGUUGGAACCAAGGAGGUCACAGUGGACAUGGAAGCUAUGGCGGUCAUGGAGGAAAACGAGGACGGUACCAGUAUUGAUGUUUUUUUUUUUGUUGUUUUUUUUACUGAUGUUUGUGUUUUUAAAAUUAAGUAAUCACAGUGAUGCAUAUGAACAGACACUAUUUUGUUGAGUAACAACCAGCAAACUAGAUUUAAAUUUUGUUUCAUUUUUAUGUUAAUUUUUUUUAUUUUUGUAACUUUGAGGUGAAAGCACCAUCAUUGGGUGUUUGUUAUAAUUUAGCCUUCUUAGUGGGGUUUUUUUAACCUGUGCAUUUAUUCUGUAACUUGAAAAUUUGAGACACCGCUGACUGACUUCCACCACCAGGGGGCUCAAUGAACUAAUUUAAAGUGGUAAGUAAAAGCGAUAAUGAAUUCACUGGAGUCAAAAUAUCUUCCAAAUAUUUAUUAACUGAAAAGGGCCCCCCCUCCCCUCCAUGCCAUACCAUUUCUGUUCAGUUUAUACAAUAAUCAAUAUUUUUACAUUGUGUACAUUAUGAACAAUAAAUCUGUACAUGGACAAAACAGUUGCCCCUUGGCCACAAACUCCUUUCAGUCUCCACACUAAGACUCUUAUCAGUGUUUUAAAACCUGGAGCUAAUCUGUAGGAUUAAAAAUAAUCCAGUCAUGAUCUGGAUUUAUAUAAGAUUAGGUGGAUUUUUUUUUUCCCCCUCCCGUUUAUCACAUAAAAUUUUUGUUUUGUUUUGUUUAGUAAAAGAACCUUGUGCUGAAUCAUGUUCGUUUUGACAUUAAAAGUUUGUGGUGUCAAAAAUUUGACUCCUUACUUUAAUCACAUGGGUGUUUGUGUUUGGUGCAGAAGGAAAACAACUGUGCUUCAGUUAGAUGUGAUCGUCUGGCUGGACGAUCAGUCCCUGAGACGCUCAAAGUCGAGGCUGCCAGCUGGACGUUCACAAUAUGUUCAGAUUAGCUUUGAUUUGUAAUAAAGCCUCAACAUUCAGGUGAUUUCAGAGAACUGAGCUCAUUUUUACAGAUUGUUUGUCUUCACAUGCUGAUUAUUUUUUAUCAUCACUACUAACAAAGAGCCAGUUACAAAAAAAAAAAAUCCUUCAAAAUAUUUUUAUGUUUACACAGUAGAUAUUUAGGCACUUUAUUAUUCCAAAAUAUAAUUGU